CAAUGCGUAUUCUAUGGUCAGCAAUUUCAAGCGACAAAAAAUCAACAUCAUUUUCGUUUUUUCAAUUAUCUAUGGAGUACUUCAAGAAUAAAUAGAGGAGAAUCAUCGGUAAUUUAUUCAAACCGAUAGAUAACACCAUUUGAUGUUAUUGAAUAACAACAGUUUUGGAAGUUUCCGGCUACCCAAGGCUAAGAAUAUGGAUGCUCCUAAAACUUCUGACGUCGUCCUAGUUGCUGGAAAUUCUCAUCCAGAACUGGCUAAUUUGAUAGCCAACCGUCUGGGUGUGAAAACAGGAGGUUGUGCUGUUUAUCAUAAGCAAAAUCGGGAAACCAUGGUACAAAUUGGCGAUUCAAUAAGAGGAAAAGAUAUUUAUAUCAUACAAACAGGAACCAAAGAUGUCAACAACAAUAUUAUGGAGUUACUAAUAAUGGCUUAUGCAUGUAAAACAUCUUCAGCAAAAUCGGUUGUUGGUGUGAUCCCUUACUUACCCUAUAGUAAACAGUGUAAAAUGCGUAAAAGGGGAUGUAUUGUAACAAAACUGCUUGCUCAGAUGAUGUGCAAGUCUGGGCUUACUCAUCUGAUAACGAUGGAUUUGCACCAGAAAGAGAUACAGGGAUUUUUUGACUGUCCAGUGGACAACCUAAGGGCUAGUCCAUUUUUGCUUCAGUAUAUACAAGAGUGUAUUCCAGACUAUCGAAAUUCAGUGAUUGUAGCACGAAACCCAGGUUCGGCUAAAAAGGCUACUUCUUACGCUGAACGUCUGCGUCUUGGGAUCGCUGUUAUCCACGGAGAACAAAAGGAGUCGGAAUCAGACGAGAUCGAUGGCAGAUAUUCUCCCCCGACAUUACCAAGAUCUCGUACCAUGGACGCUGGUGUUGGCGUCCCGAUACACAUCGCCAAAGAGAAACCGCCUAUAAAUGUGGUCGGUGAUGUCGGGGGUAGAAUUGCAAUCAUGGUGGAUGAUAUGAUUGACGAUGUUCAAUCGUUCGUUGCCGCAGCUGAAGUGCUGAAAGAACGUGGAGCCUACAAAAUUUACGUGAUGGCCACACAUGGACUUCUAUCUUCUGAUGCUCCCAGACUCAUUGAAGAUUCACCAAUCGAUGAGGUUGUGGUAACAAAUACUGUGCCCCAUGAAUUGCAGAAGAUGCAGUGUCAUAAGAUCAAAACUGUUGAUAUUUCUAUAUUAUUAUCAGAAGCCAUAAGGAGAAUACAUAACAAAGAAUCCAUGUCAUAUCUAUUCAAAAAUGUAACAUUAGAGGAUUAAUUUUGUUGUUUUAUGUAAGAAUAAGCAUCUACGAUAUAUCUGAAUUGAUCACCCUGUAUUAUAAUUCUUGCAAGUUUUAUUUGUAACUCAUUCAAUCGGUAUGAUAUAUAAAUAUUUUAUCAUUCA